AUGGCGUUGCAGCGGUUUUGGUCGAUUGACGACAAAAUUACAACAUCUGAGUUUUCAGCUAUGAAAGCAUGGCUGAUAACCAAUGAUGAUCAAAAGGUCCAAAUGACGCUAGCAGAGGCAGUACCCGGCCGAAAGGGAAGGAGCCAAAUAGAGGAAUACGUUUCGUAUAAUGGUGGGCCCGGUAUUCAGCACAUAGCGCUGCUCGUUGAUGACAUUGUCGCUACGGUAACAGAAAUGAAGAGGAGGUCCGUAGAAUUUCUCGAAGUUCCAUCAUCAUACUAUGACAUGCUCGAAGAACGGCUCAAAGACUCUAAGGUCGAACUACGAGAGGACAUGAACAAGUUACGGGAACUCUGCAUUCUGAUGGAUUUUGACGACAAUGGUUAUCUGCUGCAGUUGUUCACAAGACCUGUUCAAGAUCGACCAACCCUUUUUAUUGAAAUCAUCCAAAGACGGAAUUUCAAUGGAUUCGGUGCGGGCAACUUCAAAGCGCUUUUUGACGCAGUUGAAAGGGAGCAAAUGCGAAGAGGAACGUUAUAUGUGGAGGACUAG